GCCGAGUGCUCUGCUCCCGCAACAAAUCCCGACCCCCAAGUCCAGUCCCCCCAACCACCCAAAGCAGAGGAAAGGGCCGAGGAGGCGAGCGAGUCCUCGGCGACGACGCGGAGGGUCCCCCCUCCGGCCGGACCCGAAGGCGGAGCGCCCCAAGCCACAAAAGUCCCCCGCGAGGGGGUCGGUCGGUUGGUCGGUCCCGACCAUGUCCUCGUCCGCACCCUCCCCGCCCGCCGGCGCGACGCCGGAGCCGCCGCCUCCGCCCUCGGAGCUCUACUGCUACGAGUGCGACGCCACGGUCUCACUGCCCGCCGAACCGGUCCCGGCCGCGCGGCCCCUCUGCCCGCUCUGCCACAGCGACUUCAUCGAGGAGAACCCUAGCACUAGCACCCCGUCUCCGCCUCCACCACCUCCUCCGCCGCCGCCCCCGCCGCUGCUCUUCUCCGGCUCCUCCUCCUCCUCGCUCUCCGACGACCCCAACGAUGACGACGACGACGACGACUUCGACUUCGUCAUGGACCCCGACGAGGCGCGGGCUUACCUCAGCCGCCUCGUCCACCGCCACCGCCACCGCCUCCAAGACGACGACGACGACGGGCCCUUCGACGUCGCCGCCGCCGCCGCCGUCUCCGUGCUCCAGCAGCACGGCCACGGCCCCGUCCGCGGCCACGGCGGCGGAGGGGAGCCCCCCGCCACGGCCGCGUCCAUCGCCGCGCUGCCCACGGUCGAGGUGGCCGAGCCCGCCGCCGUCUGCGCCAUCUGCAAGGACGACCUGCCGCUCGCCUCCGAGGCAAGGAAGCUCCCCUGCGCCCACCUCUACCACUCCUUCUGCAUCGUCACCUGGCUCCAGAUGCACAACUCCUGCCCCGUCUGCCGCUUCCGCAUCCCCGACGACGAGGCCGCGCCGUUGGAGCAGGACCCCGCGCCGCCCACCACGCGGAUCACCAUCCGCUUCACGACCACCACGCGCCGCCGCGUCCGCGUCGGCGGCGAUGCGACGCUGGCGGCGGCUCCUAUCUCGGCGUCGCCCACGCAGCUCGCUCAGGCUAUUACCGGGGAUGGAGCUGGUGGACCUGCCAAUAGCGGCGAGACUGUGUCGUCUGAGUGGCCUCCGCACCCCGAGUCCGAUACAGUCAUGUCGGAGGCACGCGAGGGGGAUGCCAUUUUUGAUUGAGCCAGAGGUUCUGGUGAUAAGGUAGCUGUUGUUAGCUGUCAGCCAACAAGAGUGAAAGGAGGCCACCAUAUGCUUCCUGUCUUUGUUUGGACGAGGUUUCUCGCAAGAUGAUGGCAUGUUGUUACAGCUGAACUAAGUUGUCCUGUUAGGAGAACAAGAGCAUUCGUUGCAUGGGUUCUCGGUGUCUUGUAUAUUGGUGGUUAAACAUAUUUAUUCAUAAUAAAUAUAGUCAUGUACAAUAUGCAGUAUUUCGCUUCCCCGUUACCCUGCAACUUGACCUGCAUUGGUAGGUAAAUAUGGGAAUGCAUUGGUGUCCAGUGGAUGUGGAUUAUACUCUGUCGAUGAAGCUGCCUUCUUGGUCGAAGGCGAGUUAGACUGGGAGCCUGGGAUUGUAGCAAUGAAGUUAUGACCCCUGAAUUCUAUGGUUGUUUGAUGGAAGGUAAGGUUCCAUCUGGUCGAAUUUACGACACAUUUCUCUGCAUACAAUGAUAUGCCUUAUUCUUUUGAUAGUUA